GAAGAAGAAGGGGGUGAGGGGAGGGGGGAGUCAGUGUGUGGUGCACGCCGAGCUCCCAGCACAAAAGCCCAGGGAAAGAAACUCUUGGAAAGCUCGGAGCGAACGCCGGGGCCAGGCAGGAGCAGGUCGAACCGUCCGGGGCUGUUCCUCUCCACUGGAUACAUUUUGCAACUGCGAAGGAAUUAAAGCCGAUUUUUUUUUUUCUCUCUCUCCCUCCCCCCACGUCCCUCCCCCCUCCCCCAGGGUUUUUGCCCUUUUUUUUUUUCUAUUGCUUUUUUUUUUUUUUUUUUAUUUUUUUUAAGCGCGAGAGAGCGCGGGCAGAGCCUCGCGUCUCCCCCCUUCUUUCACUCUCUCGAUCUUCGUAUUUUUAUUUUUGCUUCCCUUGGGGAUAGAGCGGCACACGAGGAGGAGGAAAAAAAAAAAAAAAGUAAAGGAAUAUGAUUGCUUCGUGGCUGACUUUCGCCUUGCUUUGUGGAACUUUCUGUGCAGGACCAGGCCAUGGGGAGGCUGAGACAAGGGAAUGCAUUUACUACAAUGCCAACUGGGAGCUGGAGAAGACCAACCAGAGUGGUGUGGAGCGCUGUGAGGGAGAGAAGGACAAGCGGCUCCACUGCUAUGCUUCUUGGAGAAACAACUCGGGCUCCAUCGAGCUGGUGAAGAAAGGCUGCUGGUUAGACGACUUCAACUGUUACGACAGGCAAGAGUGUGUAGCCACAGAAGAAAACCCUCAAGUGUUUUUCUGCUGCUGCGAGGGCAACUAUUGCAAUGAGAAAUUUACCCAUUUGCCUGAAGUCACCGGCCCAGAAGUCAUAUACGAGCCACCGCCGCCAACGCCCUCCCUGCUCAAUAUCCUGGUGUACUCACUGCUCCCCAUUGCUGUCCUCUCCAUGGCCAUCCUCUUGGCCUUCUGGAUGUAUCGUCACCGCAAGCCUCCCUACGGGCACGUCGACAUUAAUGAGGACCCAGGCCCUCCACCCCCUUCUCCCCUGGUCGGCCUAAAGCCCCUGCAGCUCUUGGAGAUCAAGGCAAGAGGACGCUUUGGCUGUGUGUGGAAGGCUCAGCUGAUGAAUGACUAUGUAGCAGUGAAAAUCUUCCCUAUUCAGGAUAAGCAGUCUUGGCAGAGUGAGAGGGAGAUUUUCAAUACUCCUGGCAUGAAGCAUGAAAACCUUUUGCAGUUUAUCGCAGCAGAGAAAAGAGGGACAAACCUAGAGACAGAGCUCUGGCUGAUCACAGCUUUCCACGAUAAGGGUUCUCUGACGGAUUACCUGAAGGGCAACAUUAUCAGCUGGAAUGAGCUCUGCCAUGUUGCAGAAACAAUGGCACGUGGCUUGUCCUACCUUCAUGAAGACGUCCCUUGGUGCAAAGGUGAAGGCCACAAACCUGCUAUAGCACACAGGGACUUCAAGAGUAAAAAUGUCUUGCUGAAGAACGACUUGACAGCAGUGCUAGCCGAUUUUGGACUAGCUGUACGGUUUGAACCUGGAAAGCCUCCAGGGGACACUCAUGGACAGGUGGGAACAAGGAGGUAUAUGGCUCCCGAAGUGUUAGAGGGAGCAAUCAACUUCCAACGAGACGCCUUCCUGAGGAUAGACAUGUAUGCAAUGGGACUGGUAUUGUGGGAGCUAGUCUCCAGAUGCAGAGCAGUUGAUGGUCCAGUGGAUGAAUACAUGCUGCCUUUCGAAGAAGAAAUAGGUCAGCACCCAUCCCUUGAGGACCUGCAAGAAGUGGUGGUUCACAAGAAGAUGCGCCCUGUGUUCAAGGAUCACUGGCUGAAACACCCUGGCUUGGCGCAGCUCUGCGUGACCAUCGAAGAGUGCUGGGACCACGAUGCGGAGGCUCGGCUCUCGGCAGGCUGUGUCGAGGAGCGCAUUGCACAGAUCCGCAAAUCUGUAAACGGCACUACCUCGGACUGCCUCGUCUCCAUCGUGACGUCCGUCACCAACGUGGACUUGCCGCCCAAAGAGUCUAGUAUCUAAGUCCUGGUUCACUUUUGUCUUUCCAGACUCAGUGGAUUAAAAACAAAAAAAAAAA